AUGGCGGCCCUCAGCUUUCAGCACAUGUCACAGCCAGCUGGGGACGCCCAUGCCUGUCCCCUGGGCUUCUGGCCUUUCGGGGACCCCGAUGGCUGUGAUAUGCGUGACGUCCAGGACGAGGACAGCGUGGUGCGCUACCACCUCUUCAGCGCCCCUUGGGCUGUGCUCCGCUAUUACGCGGAGGACCUGCAUCUGAAGCUGCCCCUGCAGGGAGGGGCAACUGACAAUUCCUUCCAGGAGUUGCCCAACCAGGCCUCCAACUGGGCAGCCAGCCUGCUGGAGUGGCUGGAGUUCCCCAACAUCCUGCUGGAGGACGUGCCCGACGUGCCCCACAAGUCUUACUCCUGCCAGUUCAAAGUGAGCAAUCUGUCCAGGUUCCUCGGGAGUGAGAACCAGGCCACCUUCUUCCCCAUCACCUACAGGCACCAGAUUCUGUUCGAGGUCCUGGCCAAGACCCCGUACGGCCACGAGAGGAAGCGCCUGUUUGGGAUCGACCAGCCGCUGGGGGAGGGGGUCUUCAGCGCAGCCUUCCCCCAGCACGACCAACCCUGCAUCCUGGGCUUUGUCUGCCUUGUGCCCAUGCUGGGCCGGCGGCCACCUGGCCCCUUGACGACACCCCCAGAGGGCCCACGGGCCCUGGGCCUCACCCAGCGGCAGGUCCGGCUCCAGCCCUGGGCCCGCUGGCACAAGUGGCACAAGUACCAGCUUCUGGACCAUGUGCGCAGGUACCUCGGGGAGAAGGUGGCCUUCUACUUCGCCUGGCUCAGUGAAUCUCGUGCCCACCGCCCCUCGGGGCCUCCUGGGCCCCUAGCUGCUAACAGGCUAGCCGGCUCUCCGACCACGGCGGCACCGUCCUGGGGCUUCGACCACGGCGGCACCGUCCUGGGGCUGCUCCCACUACGAGGAGGCAGGAAGCACAGCCUGGCUGAGGGGCGGAAGCAGGGACGGAGCUGUGGGGGGGGCUGGGCUGCCCCACAGGUGGCCGUGAUGGUCAUGUGCCUGGGGUCCAUCGUCCUGUACUGGGCCAUCAUGGCCAUCCUGGUGUGUGUCCAGGUCAGACAACACCCUCCUCGCAGCCUGGGCGUCACGCGUCUCCAGCCUCAUGGGGCCAUGGUGAACCUUGUCUUCAUCCUCAACCUCUCCAAGAUCUACAUGGCCCUGGCCCACGUCCUGACGAAAUGGGGCGCUCGCUGUGCCGCACAGACGCACCGGACCCAGACCACGUUCGAGGACACCUUCACCCUCAACGUGUUCAUCUUCCAGUUCGUCAACUUCUCCUCACCCAUCCACAUCGCCUUCUUCAAGGGCAGGUCAGCGCGCGGCACCGGCAGCGCCCUGCCUGGCCACGCCCCCUGUCGCGCCCACAGCGACCACGCACUCGGGGAAGGCGGGGGCGGCGCAGGCGUCCGGCACGUGGUGCCCCUCGUGCUUCCGCCAGGUGGGCUGCAGGCGGCCGCGGGAGCAGAGGCAUGGUUCGCCCCUAGGUUCGUGGGCUACCCGGGCAACUACCACACCUCGCCUGGGGUCCGCAGCGAGGAGAGCGACCAGGACCUGGCUUGGGAGGACGGGGCCAUCGUCCUGGGGGUUUCUGUCUCCAGGGAGCUACGGGGCUGGUGGCAGAGGUCCCGGCUCUGCUCCAAGGAGAGGAAGGCAGGGCUGGCCAGGUGCCCUAGGAGGCAGGCAGACUACGAGCUUCUGCCCUUCCAGGGCCCCUUUGACGGGCACCUUGAGAUGGUGCUGCAGUCCGGCUUCAUCACCGUCUUCGUGGCCGCCUGCCUCCUCGCGCCGCUCUUCGCCCUGCUCAACAACCGGGUGGAGAUCCGCCUGCACGCGCGCAAGUUCGUCCGCGAGCGCCGGCGCCCCCUGGCCGAGCGCGCGCAAGGCAUCGGCAUCUGCUUCCCCAACUUGGCGGGCAUCACCCGCCCGGCGGUCAUCAGCAACUGGAGCCGCGCCCGCAACCUGCGCGGCUUCGUCACCUUCACGCUGGCGCGCGCCCCGCCCGCUUUAGCCGCCGCGCACAACCGCACGUGCAGGAUAGCAAAGGAGCUGGCCGGGCAGCCUGUGUGGGGACAUUCCCUGCUCCCAGUACCCUCGCUGGUAUCGGGCUUUCGGGGGGAUGAUGGACAUCAUGCCCGGACCUACUGGAAUCUUCUGGCUAUCCACCUGGCCUUCAUCAUCCAUGUGGUGUUCUCCAUCGGCCGGGUCCUUGACCUCUUGGCGCAUGACAUCCCCGGAUCUGUGGAGAUCAAGGUGAAGCGGGAGUACUACCUGGCCAAGCAGGCGCUAGCCGAGGACGAGCCUGUCCACAGCCUCUGA